AUGAUCAACACGCCGGGAAAUCCUUCGCAUGUCUUUGAGGCAACGGCUCCUCCUUUGCUUUUACUUCCACUCGAUUCUCGAGUCACAUUCGAGGGCGGGCGGGUCACUGGAGGACGACAGACGACGACAUCCAUGAACUUCUCUGUCGAGCUAUCCAUUCCACCCAUCCCCCGUAGCCCCACCACAUCAGGCCCGCCUUCACCUGCUCUCUCGACUUACUCAACUCGACGAGGUGGCCUACGACCGACACUCCUUUCACACAAGAUCGAGUCCUUCCUUGGCGCGCCUGGUAGUCAACGAACCAACCAACUUACAGCGCUCAAACGCGCACCGUCUGCGCCAGUAAAGCUUUCGCGGUUAUGUGGGAGGUUGAUGAAGUGUGCCAUGGCCAUGGGAAUGGAUGGCAGCGCCAACCCCGAUCUCCAACUGGACGCUUUCAAGCAUCUCAUAAGCCUUACCACACGUUUCCCCAUUCUUCGCCGACUAUUUCUUCGCAUUCGAACAAUUCGGACCUCUUUCCAAUACAUCCAGCAAUGGGACAUUCAGACGAGCUCGAGAUUCGCGGUGAAUCACCAUUACCUCCCAUGCCGCUAUCUUCCUCCGGGUUCUCUGCUUGCUUACAACCGCGAUGAGGAAGACUCUAUUGAUGAGGAGAGGGAGCGACAAAGAGAGUUUGCAGAUGAAUGGGACUUUUACAGGGCGUUGGCGGGUACAUGUCUACUCGAGAGCGAGGUCUGGGGGAUUGUUUCUACUUCGAGAGAGGCUGAGCACAGCAAUGAGCCAUCAAACUACAUUAUUCUUGAGCGUUUGGUUGGAUUACUCGAAGCAGCACAAUCCUCAAUAUCUCGUGCACUCUCUGUUCGUUAUCUCAUCGGCGUUCUUGAAAACUCCUCUGCGACACUGUUCCCUGAUCCUGCCUUGACUCACACUCCAACGACGCCCUCUUUUCCUGGGGUUUUCCACGUUUCGCUCCUUCACGCCCACUCACACCUGCACUCUCCAACAACGCCAACGACAACUUAUCCUAUUCACGCCCGUCAAAUCCUCUCCCGGCUGUCAGCUGCGUUGCUUGUAGCCCUCUCCGGCAUGGACUCUAUCGAUCUCGAUGUCCAGGCCGCGCGGAAUGUAGGAGUCGGUUAUGAUUACGUUGGCUUGGAUCUGUUGACUGAACGUGUCCUGCGCUUGGCUGGUGGGGGAGAAAGCGAGGAUGGUCUGGUAGUUGGAAUGAUUCUUGGAAGGAGACAAUGGCUGAGAGAAAAACUGCCAAAAACGGACAGCAUGGUUGGGUCAGCCUUGCGAGAGAAGACUGAUUCAUUAGCCUUGGAGAGGAGUAUUUCAGUAUCGCCUGCUCUCAGCUUCUCUCUUCCGGUGCUACCCCCAUUGGUGACGGGGAAGCCAGACGAAGAGUCUCUAAUCACGAUAACGUCGACUCCGCAAGCAGAAGCCCAGCCGGAAUUCGAGCCAGAGAAACAAAUCCAGCCGACGCCCUCAGCUUCGAGGUCCGGGAAUGCCACGCCAACACUAAUCAUCCACGAAAAGCCUGCACCAAGAGCACUCCCAACUCCCCCAUCUAUUACGCCCACCAUCAAACCCUUGGACCAUGUGAUUCCAAUGGCUGUCUAUCCACCGUCGUUUCACCCGCCUCCACCGCCUCCACCGUUACCAUUGCCUCUGCGUGCGUCCACAUUCCCACCGGCUUUUGUUGCGUCUACCUACGGCAACAUGUUCAUUCCCCCGCCGCCGCCGCCUCCACUCGUUAUUUCUCUUCCGAAAAACCCAUUGCCUUCACCUUGGCCAACACCUCCUGCAGCAAGGGAAGAUGAUACAGUCCUCUUACCCAGGCCUGGCGGUUCAGCCCCCUCCUCACCCACACGCUCGAAGCCAAGGUCACGAUCUAAUUCCGUCGUGUCGAGGAUAACCGUAGAAAAACUUGAUUUUGCAUUACCCCCAAGACCGAUACUUGCCUCAGCACCUGCGUCACCGACCAACCUUAAACCGAGAUCCAGGUCUGGCUCUGUUGUUUCGCGGACUGAGGUCAAACCUAAAGAGGCUGAUGGGCGACGACCGAUUCCUGAGUCGGCCCCGUCAUCACCAAACAAGUCCAUGUCACGGUCUAACUCUGCUGUAUCUGCUUUCGAAAAGGAGACGCCAGUAGGAAUGAGAUCAAGAUCAUCCUCUAUUACCUCCAAGACACCUACGGCUGCCCCCAUAGUGAACUUGGUUAUCGAGAUUCCCCAAACACUGUCAGAAAUCUCCUCAAGGGACAUUGGCUUGGAGGAAUUGGUCAAGGAAAGACAGCCAGAGGAGCCACCGAUGUCUCCGUUACUGGCAUUAAUUGAAAACCAUCCUGCAUCUCCCAUGUCUCCCCCUCUAGUGCCAACACUGAGCCCAUCGACAAUAUCGCCAGAGGCUCCUCUUGCUUCCACAUCGACAUUCAGCCCUGUUCAAGCACUCACACCAUCAUUAACAACAAGCCCUGCCAUCGAAAUUCCGAGUCCGUCUCAUUCCUCAGCUUCCUCGUCGCCUUCUUCCCCUACCACUCCCAUCAUUUUUGCGCAACCACCAUCGUCGAGGCUUUCUGUUGCACCACCCACUCCUUUGACUGACCCUGCAACAACACCAGUCACACCAGCACCAAAAUGGGAUAUUGAGCUCAAUAUCUGGACACGUGCGCAGACAGAGAAGUCACUAUCAAACGAUGUACUUGCGGAUUGGCAGUCUGGUAAGGGAUUCUUGCUGGAAGGCCCCGUCGAGCAGAUAAGUCCUAGCCCAUCAGGCGUUAUGUCAUCACGGGCAUCGGUGGUAUCGAUACCUGCUCCGCAGAAAGCGCUCCUCCAAGCUUUGCACGAACCAGUACCAAAUGCAUUAGAACUUGAUAUCGAGAUCCCUCCACCAAUCCCGCUCCUCAUAUCUGACGACGAGGAAGAUCUCGUGGAACCCAAGCCACAGAGCGUCAUGUGUGCCAAAUGUGAUGCGCAGUUCGUAGAGACAGAGCCUGUAGUCAAGUUUGGUUCAGCGCUCUUCCAUGGUCGGUGUUUUACAUGCGGAAAAUGCAGUGUGUCUCUACAUUCUGGACCCAAGCAGACAGCUUCAACUCCCCAAAAUGACCCUGGACUGGCGUCACCUUCGAGUUCGGGGUCCUCUUCAGCGUCUAUGACUCCGCCACCAUCGACUCCGCCACCGUCCUAUGACGAACCAGACAGCGAUCCAUUGCUGCUGGUCCUAACUGACGCCGAUGGGGUCACACCGAUUUGCACUCGCUGUGCCUAUCGAUGCACGGCUUGUACUCUCCCGAUUCUCGAAGAGGCGCUGCUGGCUGGUGGGGACGCUUAUCACGCUGAGUGUUUCCGGUGUCGCGUCUGUCGCCGUGGGUUGGCACAGAGUGCUGACGGAAGUGGCGGGGACAUGUCGUUCACCAAGACGCGUGGUGGGGCUUGUUGCAUGCAGUGCUAUCACGUUUUGGCAGAGAAAGCUAAAGCGAGGAAAAUGAUGAAGGGGAGGAGGAAAGACACAAGGACUUUGACCGUCGGAGGAUGA